GACUCUAUCCUACAUUCAUUCCUUAAAGAUCGAAUUGGCAGUGAUUGUUUGAGAUAUGACGAGUGUUUUGCGUCGUUUAAGAAUAUGUGUGUUAGGUUUAGGAGAGAUGGGAAUCAUUCACGCUCGUAACUUGGUAAAGUUUCCUGGUGUAGAGCUUUCUUUGGCGUGUAAAAGAAAGGAACUUUUACAGAAUCUGGGGCAGGAACUGAGAGCUGCUAGGACAUUUCAGAAUUACGAAGAAGCAAUAACAGAUAAGGAAAUAGAAGCAGUUGUUUUAGCCACGAAACCACGAGAUCAUGCCAAACAAGUUGCUUUGGCAGCCAAACACGGAAAAGCCAUAUUUUGUGAGAAACCUUUAGGAUAUUCCACGGAAGCUGUUGCUGAUUUAGAAGAAAUAGUGCAAUCUUCUGGUGUGAAGUGUGUCAUAGGUUUUCAGAGAAGAUUCGAUCCUUGUUAUCGGGGUGCAUGGGAACAAACUCGUAGAUCAGCAAUGGGGAAAUCUUUGGUAUUGAAGUGUACGAGUGGUGAUCCUGACUUUCCAGAUAAAUAUCAACGUGACUUGGGUUUUAACUCUACUUUAUUAGACCUUGCAGUACAUGAUAUCGACCUUGCCCGUUGGUUAUUAAGAAGUGAGGUAGCAAGGGUCUUUGCUAGUUGUGAUGCUUUGGUAUAUCCACACUUGAAGGAUAUGGGCGAAUCGGAUACUGCUUUGUGUAUUUUGGAAAUGGAAUCGGGAGCUCGUUGCUUUAUGCAUUUAUCGCGUUCUUUGCGUUAUGGUUAUAAUGUCACAUCCGAAUUAGUAUCAGCAGAUGGAACGAUACAAAUUGGUGAAGUAAAGGAUACGCCUAUGGUCACCUUAAAGGCUGGUAGGGCAUCCACAGACAUUUGCCCCAGUUUUUCUCAACGUUUUCGUAUUGCCUUUCGAGAUGAGAUGCAAGCAUUUGUGGAUAUGCUUCGUGGAGAGUCAGUUAGUCAUUUUGCGAAUAUUCAUGAUGCAAUCGAAGCCACUCGAGUUGCUGAAACACUGGUUCAGUCAUGGCGGACCGGAAUGCCUGCGCGAGUGAUUCGUCCUUCAAAGAAAGAAGCACAGGAUGUGUCCAAAGAAGCUCCUUAAUUGAAUGUGCAUAGAUUUUGAGUGUUUAGAGUCAAUCUUUUCAUCAUAUUGCUGUCGAUGAAGAAGUUAUUGCGUUUUCCAUAAUAGACUUGAAAAAACAUUGUAAUAUAUAGCAAUAUCGUUCUACAUAAAUAGACAUGUGUUACA